CGGAAUUUUAGUCACAGCCAAAAAUAGACAAUUCUUACUGAUUAUCCGUUAAAGAAAUGAAGAUAAUACUUUACACCUUGAUAUGUUUUAUUUGUGGCUUUACCUUGUUUCUAUGCUUAAUAUUUCACCAAUGGUUAUCAUUUUCUGUUGUCAAUAGCCCAAUGUUCCGCCCUAGAAUUGAUUCGGAACUUGCAUUAUUCAUUACAAAUGAAUUAUCUCGACUAUUAAAUCCAGACAUUCCAACAGUGGAAGAUGUCGGUGAUACUGUAGAGAGAGCUUGGUUUAAGCAUGAAAAAGAAUUUUGCCUAAAAGUUUUGAAUGGUACUCAUCAGUUGUUCAACAGUGAGGGAUGUCGAAAUAGUUGUCUUAUUUCAAAUCAACCAUAUACUCGACGUAAUGUCAUUAUUAUACCAUAUCGAAAUCGUGCAGAACACUUGAUGAAAUUAAUUCCACGUCUGGUUGAAUUACUGACAAAACAGAAUCUAUGUUACUUGUUAAUUGUUUCUGAACAGAUUGAUCAACAGCCAUUUAAUAAGGGAAUAGUCAUGAAUACUGCAUUUGUGGAAGCAUUGAAUUGGUUGCCGUUUCAUUGUGCAAUAUUUCAUGAUGUUGAUCUAAUACCAAUGAACAAUGAAGUUGAUUAUACAUGCUCAAUCUAUCCUAAACAUAUCAGUGUAAGCGUAGAUAAAUUUCAAAACAGGCUCCCUUACAUUGAACUAAUUGGUGGUGUUUUAUCCAUUCCACUUAAAGCCUUUCUUCGUGUCAAUGGGUAUUCUAAUUUAUUUUGGGGUUGGGGUGCAGAGGACGAUGAUGUGUAUGAGAGUAUUUUUUCACAGGCUUAUGAUAAAUGAAAUUCCUGUCAUACGUCCUGAUCCAAAUGUAGCACAAUUCACAAUGCUCAAACAUAAACCAAGUCUUGCAUUUCAUUCAGCCUUAAGGUAUGUUUUAAAUAUUAGCAUGAAAUUAAGUAUUUUUGUCAAUGAACGAACGCAAAGCAUAAAUCACUCUAUUCAUGAACAAAUUAAUACAGUGUUCAUCUUAAAAGUCCAAUUACUUUACGAUCUACAAUGAAUCAACCACAUGAUCCACCCUUAAGUCUAACUUUCAACGAAUGGUUAACCCAACUAAAAUGGGUAAACAGGACAGUUCUAUUACGAAGUUAUAUUGUUCAUCAAUAAUACCUUUUCUGUAUAUAUAGAUAUUCGAUAGUACUAAUGUAAAUUUGGAUCUUUUAGCACAUCAAAUGAUUUUUCCUUCUACCGUAAUUUUACAUUUGUAUUUCUAUCGACAGAGCAUUUUACAUUAUAACUGAUGUCAUUUCGUGAUAAAAAAAACAAACUCUGGAUCCUUAAUUCUAGCCCAAAGUGUCUAACCGUAACUAGAACCAAUAUAGAAACUCUUAAAAACUUGUUUCAGUCCUUGAAAGGGUUCGAGGAUAUGGAUAAGGUAUAUCCAUUAUGAUGAGUUUAUAUCACUAUCUUCGAUUUAUGGGCAGAAUAACUUGUAGAAGAUAAUAAUAGACUUGAUAGUUGUGUACUAUUCGUUUACAUUUUGCAAUAUUAUUUUCUCACUCACAAACUAUCCAUCUAUAAAGGCUGCCCUGCGAUUGUUUGGAAACUAUCUGGAAAGUCAUCACGGUUAUUUUAAACUCGUCUCUACACAAUAUCGUUACCGAUUUUAGACUCGUUAUAAAUUUGGCGCAUGAGAGUGAGAAUUUACAUUGUAGAAUAAAAUAAUUCAAGAUUUUAAUGGUAUACCUCGUAAUAUAUUGUAUGCAUAUGUCAAAAAUUAUUCUCAUUUUGGUAAAUUACUACAAAUCAUUUUCAUGUAAUACUUUCUAUUUCAUCUCAGAACUCAAAUAUUAUCCUUCACAAAAGUCAGAUAUCGUCUUGAUGGAAUCAAUAGUUUAAAUUACACGCUUGUUAAAUCACAAAAAAAUUAUAUAAUCAAUUCCACAGUUUAACAUAUAACGAUGAAGUAACUAAAACACAUUUUUCACAUGAAAACAACACUUUCAGAUCAAAUUCAAAAUUAAAUUAUCCAAUUUUGCAUUUAAAAAUCGAUGUUGGUAAGCCUCCAGUUGAGUUUAUUAAGGAAGAUAAUUCUACAUAAGAAAACCAAGUCGGUACGUAGAGAAAAAAAUUAUUUUUGCAACUUGAAUUUUCGUUUGGUUACAAACACAAUUAUACAAUCGAGUAAUUAAAUGCAAAUAAUGAACAACAG